GCGGACGCGCUCGUCGCUUGCGCACAGUUAAGCGUUUGAAAUUGAAUUUGAAGAACGCGUAAAUAAGCGAUGCGAAUAUUUGUGCGUGCGCUUGAAAGAUUUGAAAUUUGAUAAGCCCAACGAGCUCGUGUACGCGCUCGAAUUGUGAUUUUUUUUUUUUUGAAGUUUUGAACAAUUUUUUGAAGCUAGAAAAAAAAAACACAAAACAAAUUGUUGACAAAUACAAUGGAAUGGCAGCUGUGUGUGCAUAUCGAAGAAAGCAACGGAAAUUAAAAUUUGCAUGUGCAGCAGAGCGGCAGCUCGGUGGCCGGUGGCUACGGCCAUCUAAAUAGUGUAAACACAACAAGAACAAGAAUACAACAACAACAGAAAGAGAGAAGAGAAGAGUAACAAAAAAAAAGAUAGAAGAUUGAAAGGAAACAGAGCGUAGUGAAAACAGCAAUGUGGACAGCAACCAAACAUGACAACAAAUGUGGCUUCUGUUGUUGCCACUGUUGCACAUUCGACUGCGACUCGUUCUACUGUUGCCAAUAUCUCAAAGUCAAACCGGCAAACGAAUUCGGCACUCAAAAAUCAAGUGAAAGCUGUCAAUUUUGAAUGAACUAAAAGAGAGAGAGAGAGAGAGAGAGAGAGAGAGAGAGAGAGAGCGAAAGAUCUCUGCUGUGCAUUAGCAGCAGCAAACUAGAUAAGCUCUCGGCCUGGCAGUGCAUUGAGAACGUCAUCAUUUCCCGCAUACGUCAGCGUCACCAACACCAAACCGAAGUCACUGGCGGCAGCAGCAGCAAGAAGUGGAAAUUGAAGUUGAAGCUGAAGCUGUGAAGUUGAACUAGAAGUGCACUACACUAAACGAAUUUUUUGGGGAGUGAGUGUGUGUGUUUGUGUGUGUGGCGCCAAUAGCAGCAGCAGCUUUGGAGAGCAGGGAGUCGAGUCAUGGCAUUGGCAGGACACAACACGUUUGGCUGCUCCGUAGCCGGACUUAUCGCUUGCUCAGCAAUCGUUCUGCUUUGCAGUUCCGGAGUGAUGUCCAGCUGGGAGGAAUGGUGGACAUACGAUGGCAUAUCCGGUCCUAGCUUCUGGGGACUCAUCAAUCCGCAAUGGAACAUGUGCAACAAAGGACGACGCCAGUCGCCCAUUGACGUUGUGCCCGAUAAGCUGCUCUUCGAUCCGUACCUCAGACCUUUGCACAUUGAUAAGCACAAGGUUUCCGGCACUCUGCACAACACGGGUCAAUCACUCGUCUUUCGCGUGGACAAGGAUACAAAGCAGCACGUUAACAUAUCCGGUGGACCUCUGGCCUACCGCUACCAGUUCGAGGAGAUUUACAUACACUACGGCACUGAGAACAUCCGUGGCUCCGAGCACUUCAUACAGGGCUACAGUUUCCCCGGCGAGAUUCAAAUCUACGGCUUUAACAAGGAGCUCUAUCAUAAUAUGUCCGAGGCGCAGCACAAGUCUCAGGGCAUUGUCGGCCUCUCGCUGAUGGUGCAAAUUGGAGAGACGCCCAAUCCCGAGCUGCGCAUCAUAACGAGCACAUUCAACAAGGUGCUCUAUCGAGGAUUCUCCACGCCCAUUCGUCACAUUUCGGUGCGCUCACUGCUGCCGAAUACGGAUCAGUAUAUUACGUACGAAGGAUCCACCACACAUCCAGGCUGCUGGGAGAGCACCGUCUGGAUAAUAGUCAACAAGCCGAUUUACAUAACCAAACAAGAGCUAUAUCAACUGCGACGACUGAUGCAGGGCUCCGAGAGUACGCCCAAGGCGCCGUUGGGCAACAAUGCGCGGCCCGUGCAGAGUUUACACCAUAGAACCGUUAGAACCAAUAUAGACUUUAAGCGUCAAAAGAAUAAUCUGAAUGCAUGCCCUUCCAUGUACAAGGACAUGUACUAUAGAGCUAAUCGCUGGUCCUCGGACACAGGACUGCUGAUACGUUGAGGAGACUGCAUCCCUCUCAUAUAACGAAGCAAUAACAACAACAACAACAACAACAACAACAACAUCAACAUCAACACUGACAAGCACACGCUUUUCCAAUGCCGCAUUCAACUUUUAUACAGAGUAACAAUGUUUUGCCACAAGCUCAAGCUCAGGGCUCCCAGCAACAGCAGCAACAUCAGCAGCAGCAACAACAACAACAAGA